GCUUCGUGAUCUGCUUACGAUUGGAUAAUUUGGAGCUGGUGGUGGCGGAAAAACUGAGAAACUCUUAAAAAAUGUUAUUAACUCUUCAAGUUUUAACAAAAUCUCCCUGUCUGAGUCUAUUAAAAGCCUCUAUCGACAAUGGCAAAGUCUUAAGAACAACAGCUCCUGCCAGAUUUCUAGUAUCAUCCCGGUGUUUGGCCAGCACAAGCACAAAUACGGCAGAACAAAGUCGCAUCGACAUAAAUGGUGGCUCGUUUGUGGUGGAUAACUGGACAAAUGUGACACCCAAAAUACUCUCCUAUUUGGGCAUGCAAAAACAUCUGCAAACAAAUCAUCCCCUUUCCAUAAUAAGGCAGCGUAUCGUCAAUUAUUUCUAUAAGACCUAUAAGACUUCUCGAGGAAAUCCUUUAUUCUCGGUCUAUGACAAAUUGAAUCCGGUGGUAACGGUACAGCAAAACUUUGACAAUCUUCUGAUACCCUUGGAUCAUGUAAGUCGCAAUAAAUCGGAUUGUUAUUACAUAAAUAAAAGUUAUCUGUUACGAGCCCACACCACAGCCCAUCAGGUUGAUUUAAUAUCCAGUGGUUUGGAUAAUUUUCUCGUUGUGGGCGAAGUUUAUCGACGUGAUGAAAUCGAUAGUACCCAUUAUCCAGUGUUUCAUCAAUUGGAUGCUGUACGUCUGGUAACCAAAGAUAAAUUAUUUGAACGUAAUCCAGAUCUGGAAAUAUUUGAGAAUGAGUGGCGAGAGAUUCAAGGAAACAAGCAGAAACAACAGCUGAUACAUUCAUCGUCCAAGUGUUUGGAUCAAUCGAAACAACCCUGUCACACACUGGAGGCUGUUAAACUUAUGGAACAUGAAUUGAAACAGGUCCUACUUGGCUUGGCUCAAGAUUUGUUCGGUUCAAAUAUUCAGUACCGUUGGGUAGACACAUAUUUCCCCUUUACCCAACCCUCCUGGGAAUUGGAGAUAUUCUACAAAGAUAAUUGGUUGGAAGUGUUGGGUUGUGGCAUCAUGAGACACGAAAUCUUACAACAGUCUGGAGCGCAUAACUCAAUUGGCUAUGCCUUUGGUUUGGGUCUGGAACGCCUGGCCAUGGUGCUGUUCGAUAUACCUGACAUACGUUUAUUCUGGUCCAACGACACUGGAUUUUUAUCGCAAUUUAGUGAAAAAGAUCUAUACAAAUUGCCCAAAUACAAACCGGUAUCCAUGUAUCCCCAGUGUAAGAAUGAUUUAUCAUUUUGGCUACCAGCUGGAGUGGAUGUUGAUGCUGGUUUUGUACCAAAUGACUUUUAUGAUUUGGUCCGAACUGAGGCUGGUGAUGUCGUUGAACAGAUCAGUUUGGUUGACAAAUUUAAGCAUCCCAAAAAGGGUUUAACCAGUGUCUGCUUCAGAAUUGUAUAUCGCCACAUGGAACGUACCUUGACCCAGACAGAAGUCAACGAAAUCCAUAAACGUAUUGCGGAUGCAUGUGUAAAAAAUUUUAAUGUUGUUAUACGUUAGUUAGUUGUUAUUGAGAAUAAAAUGUUUAUAAAAGAGUUAAA